AUGCAGAAAUCGCGGGGCCUGCGAGGCGAGGAGGCGGGCACCAGGGCACCCCCCAGCCCCGGGGUGCCUCCGAAGAGGGCCAAGGUGGGGGCCGGCGGAGGGGCCGGGGCCGGCGGAGGGCCCGCGGCCGGGGCGCCAGUCUUCCUUCGGCCCCUGAAGGACGCCGCAGUGUUUGUGGGCUGCGACGUGCGGCUGCGGGUGGUGGUGAGCGGAGCGCCCCAGCCCAGCCUCAGCUGGUUCCGAGAUGGGCAGCUCCUGCCUCCGCCAGCCCCGGAGCCCAGCUGCUUGUGGCUGCGGAACUGCGGGGCGCAGGACGCCGGCAAGUACAGCUGCAGGGCCCAGAACGAGCGGGGCCAGGCCUGCUGCGAGGCCCUGGUCACAGUGCUGGAGGUCGGAGACUUGGAGACAGGUGAGGAUGACAUCAGCGAUGUGCAAGGGACCCAGCGCCUGGAGCUUCGGGGUGACAGGACCUUCAGCACCCCCACAGGGGGCUCCGGCACACUGGUGGGCACCUCCCUGGACACUCCCCCGACCUCCAUGACAGGCACCUCCGAAGAGCAAGUGAGCUGGUGGGGCAGCGGGCAGACGGUCCUGGAGCAGGAAGUGGGCAGCAGGGGUGGCACCCGCCGCCUCCCGGGCAGCCCAAGGCAAGCACAGGCGGCCGGGGCCGGGCCACGGCACCUGGGGGUGGAGCCGCUGGUACGGGCAUCUCGAGCUAAUCUGGUGGGCGCAAGCUGGGGGUCAGAGGAUAGCCUUUCGGUGGCCAGUGACCCGUAUGGCAGCGCAUUCAGUCUGUACAGAGGACGGGCGCUCUCGAUCCACGUCAGCGUCCCUCAGAGCGGCCUGCACAGGGAGGAGCCCGACCUUCAGCCUCAGCCGGCCAGCGAAGCCCCUCGUCGCCCGGCCCUGCCGCCUCCCUCCAAAUCCGCGCUGCUGCCCCCACCGUCCCCUCGGGUGGGUAAGCGGCCCCCGCCGGGGCCCAGCGCCCAGCCCCCGGCCACCCCCACGGCGCCCCACCGGCGCACUCAGGAUCCUGUGCUGCUCGAAGACGCCACCGCCGAAGAGAAGCGAGGGAAGAAGGCCAAGUCGUCGGGGCCCUCGCUGGCGGGCACGGCCGAGUCCCGGCCUCAGACGCCCCUGAGCGAGGCCUCGGGCCGCCUGUCGGCGCUGGGCCGCUCGCCGCGGCUGGUGCGCGCCGGCUCCCGCAUCCUGGACAAGUUGCAGUUCUUCGAGGAGCGACGGCGCAGCCUGGAGCGCAGCGACUCGCCGCCGGCACCCCUGCGGCCCUGGGUGCCCCUGCGCAAGGCCCGCUCGCUGGAGCACCCCAAGUCCCACGGCGAUGCCUCGUGGGGUUCGCCCGGGGCCUCUCAGGAGGAACUGCGGGCGCCGGCGGGCAGCGUGGCCGAGCGGCGCCGCCUGUUCCAGCAGAAGGCCGCCUCGCUGGACGAGCGCACGCGGCAGCGCAGCCCGGCCUCCGACCUCGAGCUGCGCUUCGCCCAGGAGCUGGGCCGCAUCCGCCGCUCCACGUCGCGGGAGGAGCUGGUGCGCUCGCACGAGUCCCUGCGCGCCACGCUGCAGCGCGCGCCGUCCCCCCGGGAGCCCGGCGAGCCCCCGCUCUUUUCGCAGCCCUCCACCCCCAAGACCUCGCGCGCCGUGAGCCCUGCCGCCGCCCAGCCUCCCCCUCCGAGCGUCGCGGGGAGGCCCGGGGAUGAGCCGGGGAGGCCGCAGAGCCGCGGGCCGGCAGGCAGGACAGAGCUGGGGGAAGGCCCGCAGCAGGAGGUCCGGCGCCGGGACCAGUUCCCGCUGACCCGGGGCAGAACCAUCCAGGAGAGCCGGAGCCCCGUGCCGCCCCCCGCCCCGGGGGAUGCCCCCGAGGCCAGGACAAAAGCCCCUCCGGGUCGGAAGCGGGAGCCCCCGGCACAAGCCGUGCGCUUCCUGCCUUGGGCCACGCCGGGCCCUGAGGGCGCUGCUGUGCCCCAGACGCUGGAGAAGAGCAGGGCGGGGCCUGAGGCCGAGAAGAGGCCGCGCCGAGGGCCGGAGGAGGAUGGUCCCUGGGGGGCCUGGGACCGCAGAGGGACUCGCAGCCAGGGCAGAGGUCGCAGGGCCCGGCCCACCUCGCCUGAGCUUGAGUCUUCGGACGACUCUUAUGUGUCUGCUGGAGAAGAGCCCCUGGAGGCCCCUGUGUUUGAGAUCCCCCUGCAGGACGCGGUGGUGGCCCCAGGGGCGGAUGUGCUGCUCAAGUGUAUCAUCACCGCCAACCCCUCUCCCCAAGUGUCCUGGCAGAAGGAUGGGUCCACGCUGCGCAGUGAUGGCCACCUUCUCAUCCGGGCGGAGGGUGAGCGGCACACCCUGCUGCUUCGGGAGGCCCGGACGGCGGAUGCUGGGAACUACACGGCCACCGCUACCAAUGAGCUGGGCCAGGCCAGCUGCGCUGCCACGCUGGCCGUGAGACCUGGUGGGUCCACAUCCCCUUUCAGCAGCCCCAUCACCUCUGACGAGGAGUACCUGAGCCCCCCAGAGGAGUUCCCGGAGCCUGGGGAGACCUGGCCCCAACCCCCCACCAUGAAGCUCAGUCCCAGCCAGAACCGCCGCUCCUCAGAUGCUGGCUCCAAGGCGCCCCCCACCUUCAAGGUCUCCCUUAUGGACCAGUCAGUAAGAGAAGGCCAAGAUGUUACCAUGAGCAUCCGUGUGCAGGGGGAGCCCAAGCCAGUGGUCUCCUGGCUGAGAAACCGCCAGCCCGUGCGCCCAGACCAGCGGCGCUUCGCGGAGGAGGCCGAGGGUGGGCUGUGCCGGCUGCGGAUCCUGGCCGCUGAGCGGGGUGACGCUGGCUUCUACACUUGCAAAGCAGUUAACGAGUAUGGCGCUCGGCAGUGCGAGGCCCGCCUGGAGGUCCGAGCACACCCUGAGAGCCGGUCCCUGGCCGUGCUGGCCCCCCUGCAGGACGUGGACGUGGGGGCCGGGGAAAUGGCGCUGUUUGAGUGCCUGGUGGCGGGUCCUGCGGACGUGGAGGUGGACUGGCUGUGCCGUGGCCGCCUGCUGCAGCCCGCGCUGCUCAAAUGCAAGAUGCAUUUCGAUGGUCGGAAAUGCAAGCUGCUGCUCACCUCCGUGCACGAGGACGACAGUGGCGUCUACACCUGCAAGCUCAGCACGGCCAAAGAUGAGCUGACCUGCAGUGCCCGGCUGACGGUGCGGCCCUCACUGGCGCCCUUGUUCACGCGGCUGCUGGAGGAUUUGGAGGUGCUGGAAGGCCGCACGGCCCGCUUCGACUGCAAGAUCAGUGGCACCCCACCCCCCUCCGUGACCUGGACUCAUUUCGGCCACGCCGUGGAGGAGAGUGAGAACUUGCGUCUGCGGCAGGAUGGGGGGCUGCACUCGCUGCACAUUGCCCAUGUGGGCAGCGAGGACGAGGGGCUCUACGCAGUCAGUGCCACCAACACCCACGGCCAGGCCCACUGCUCAGCCCAGCUCUACGUGGAGGAGCCUCGGACAGCUGCCUCGGGCCCCAGCUCGAAGCUGGAGAAGAUGCCAUCCAUCCCUGAGGAGCCGGAGCACGGCGAGCUGGAGCGGCUGUCCAUGCCCGACUUCCUGCGGCCACUGCAGGACCUGGAAGUGGGACUGGCCAAGGAGGCCAUGCUGGAGUGCCAGGUGACCGGCCUGCCCUACCCCACCAUCAGCUGGUUCCACAAUGGCCACCGUAUCCAGAGCAGUGAUGACCGGCGCAUGAUGCAGUACAGGGAUGUCCAUCGAUUGGUGUUCCCCGCUGUGGGACCUCAGCAUGCUGGUGUCUACAAGAGUGUCAUCGCCAACAAGCUGGGCAAAGCUGCCUGCUAUGCCCACCUCUAUGUCACAGAUGUGGUUCCAGGCCCCCCAGAUGGUGCCCCACAAGUGGUGGCUGUGACUGGGAGGAUGAUCACCCUCACAUGGAACCCCCCCAGGAGUUUGGACAUGGCCAUCGACCCGGACGCCCUGACCUACACCGUGCAGCACCAGGUGCUGGGCUCAGGCCAGUGGACAGCGCUGGCCACGGGCUUGCGGGAGCCUGGAUGGUCAGCCACAGGGUUGCGUAAGGGGGUUCAGCACAUUUUCCGGGUCCUCAGUGCCACCAUCAAGAGCAGCAGCAAACCAUCACCCCCUUCUGAGCCUGUGCAGCUGCUGGAGCGAGGCCCGCCCCUGGAGGAGGCCCCCGCUGUGCUGGACAAGCCAGACAUCGUGUAUGUGGUGGAGGGACAGCCUGCCAGUGUCACCGUCACCUUCAACCACGUGGAGGCCCAGGUCGUCUGGAGGAGCUGCCGAGGGGCCCUCCUAGAGGCGCGGGCAGGUGUGUACGAGUUGAGUCAGCCAGAUGACGACCAGUACUGUCUUCGGAUCUGCCGGGUUAGCCGCCGGGACAUGGGGCCCAUCACCUGCACUGCCCGCAACCGUCACGGCACACAGGCCUGUUCGGUCACACUGGAACUGGCAGAGGCCCCUCGGUUUGAGUCCAUCAUGGAGGACGUGGAGGUGGGGGCUGGGGAAACCGCUCGCUUCGCUGUGGUGGUUGAGGGGAAACCACUGCCGGACAUCAUGUGGUACAAGGAUGAGGUGCUGCUGACUGAGAGCAGCCACGUGAGCUUCGUGUACGAGGAGAACGAGUGCUCCCUGGUGGUGCUCAGCACGGGCGCCCAGGACGGAGGCGUCUACACCUGCACUGCCCGGAACCUGGCUGGAGAAGUCUUCUGCAAAGCAGAGUUGGCUGUGCGUUCAGCUCAGACAGCUAUGGAGGUAGAUGGGGCCCGGGAAGACGAGGAACAGCGAGGAAAGAGACUCAGCGACUUUUAUGACAUCCACCAGGAGAUCGGCAGGGGUGCCUUCUCCUACCUGCGGCGUGUGGUGGAGCGUAGCUCUGGCCUGGAGUUUGCAGCCAAGUUCAUCCCCAGCCAGGCCAAGCCAAAGGCAUCAGCAUGGCGGGAGGCUCGGCUGCUAGCCCGGCUCCAGCACGACUGUGUCCUCUACUUCCAUGAGGCCUUCGAGAGGCGUCGGGGGCUGGUCAUUGUCACCGAGCUCUGCACGGAGGAGCUGCUGGAGCGAAUGGCUAGGAAGCCCACCGUGUGUGAGUCUGAGAUCCGGGCCUACAUGCUACAGGUGCUCGAGGGAAUAUGCUAUCUGCACCAGAACCAUGUGCUGCACCUGGAUGUCAAGCCUGAGAACCUGCUGGUGUGGGAUGGUGCAGAGGGUGAAGAGCAGGUGAGGAUCUGUGACUUUGGGAACGCCCAGGAGGUGACUCCGGGAGAGCCCCAGUACUGCCAAUACGGCACUCCUGAGUUCGUGGCGCCCGAGAUUGUCAACCAGACCCCUGUAUCUGGAGUCACUGACAUCUGGCCCGUGGGCGUCGUUGCCUUCCUCUGUCUGACGGGAAUCUCCCCGUUUGUUGGGGAAAACGAUCGGACAACGUUAAUGAACAUCCGGAACUACAAUGUGGCCUUUGAGGAGAACACGUUCCUGAGCCUGAGCAGGGAGGCCCGGGGCUUCCUCAUCAAAGUGCUGGUGCAGGACCGGCUGAGGCCUACCGCAGAGGAGACCCUAGAACAUCCUUGGUUCAAAACACAGGCAAAGGGCGCAGAGGUGAGCACGGAUCACCUAAAGCUAUUCCUCUCCCGGCGGAGGUGGCAGCGCUCCCAGAUCAGCUACAAAUGCCACCUGGUACUGCGCCCCAUCCCUGAGCUGCUGCGGGCACCCCCCGAGCGGGUGUGGGUGGCCGUGCCCAGAAGACCACCACCCAGUGGGGGGCUCUCGUCCUCCUCUGACUCCGAAGAGGAGGAGCUGGAGGAGCUACCCUCAGUGCCCCGACCACUGCAGCCUGAGUUCUCGGGCUCUCGAGUGUCCCUCACCGACAUUCCCACUGAGGAUGAGGCCCUGGGGACCCCGGAGGCUGGGGCUGCCACCCCUAUGGAGUGGCAGGAGCAGGGAAGGGCCACCUCUCAGGACCAGCAGGCCCCGAGCCCUCCUGCCCUCCCCUCCCCAGGCCAGGAGCCCCCAGCUGGGCCCAGCCCCCGGCGGGGAGAGCUCCGCAGGGGCAGCUCAGCUGAGAGCGCCCUGCCCCGGGCCGGGCAGCGGGAGCCGGGCCGGGACCUGCAAAAGGCAGCGUCUGUGGAGCUGCCACAGCGCCGGAGCCCCAGCCCGGGCACCGCCCGCCUGACCCGGGGAGGCCUGGGCGAGGGUGAGUAUGCCCAGAGGCUUCAGGCCCUGCGCCAGCGGCUGCUGCGGGGAGGCCCUGAGGAUGGCAAGGUCAGUGGCCUCAGGGGUCCCUUGCUAGAGAGCCUGGGGGGGCGUGCCCGGGACCCCCGGCUGGCACGGGCUGCCUCCAGCGAAGCAGCACCCCACCACCAGCCUCCACCAGAGACUCGGGGCCUGCAGAAGAGCAGUAGCUUCUCGCAGGGUGAGGCGGAACCCCGGGGCCGGCACCGCCGAGCCGGGGCGCCCCUUGAGAUCCCCGUGGCCCGACUUGGGGCCCGUAAACUACAGGAGUCUCCCUCCUUGUCUGCCCUCAGCGAGACCCAGCCACCCAGCCCUGUACGGCCCAGUGCCCCGAAAGCCAGUGCCCGCCAACCCAGUGCCCCCAAGUCUUCAGAACCUCCCGCCACCAAACCCAGUGAUGCUUCUCAGCCCUUGGCAUCCCAGCCUGCCCAAGAGAAGGCUCCGAAGUUCAAGGCAGAGCCAGUCCCAGCCCCUAAACCUGCACAGCCUCCCGUGGCCCCGCAAACCCCAGCGCCCCCCGUCACACCCUAUGCCCAGAUCAUUCAGUCGUUGCAGCUGGCGGGCCACACGCAAGGCCCUCCCCAGGGCCCUGCCACACCUCCGACGGAGCCCAAGUCCCACCCCGCGGUGUUCGCCAGGGUGGCCUCCCCACCCCCUGGAGCCUCUACCAAGCUCGUGCCUGCAGCCUCGGCUCCCCCAGCGCCGGCCGAGAAAGCCCGGGUUCCCACGGUGCCCCGCAGGCCGGGCAGCAGUCUCAGCAGCAGCAUCGAGAACCUGGAGUCCGAGGCCGUGUUCGAGGCCAAGUUCAAGCGCAGCCGUGAGUCGCCCCUGGCACGGGGGCUGCGAAUGCUUAGCCGCUCGCGCUCAGAGGAGCGCGGCCCCUUCCGCGGGGCCGAGGAGGACGGCAUGUACCGGCCCAGCCCGGCGGGCACACCGCUGGAGAUGGUGCGACGGCCCGAGCGCUCGCGCUCCGUGCAGGACCUCAGGGCGACCGGGGAGCCGGGCCUGGUCCGCCGCCUCUCGCUGUCGCUGUCCCAGCGGCUGCGGCGCACCCCGCCCGCGCAGCGCCACGCGGCCUCGGAGGCGCGCGGCGGGGACGGGGAGAGCUCGGAGGGCGGCAGCUCGGCGCGGGGCUCCCCGGUGCUCACGGUGCGCAGGCGGCUCAGCUCCACGCUGGAGCGGCUGUCCAGUCGGUUGCAGCGCAGCGGCAGCAGCGAGGACUCCGGGGGCGCGUCCGGCAGGAGCACGCCGCUGUUCGGACGGCUACGCAGGGCCACUUCCGAGGGCGAGAGUCUGCGGCGCCUCGGUCUCCCACACAACCAGCUGGCCGCCCAGGCCGGCGCCACCACACCUUCCGAGGAGUCCCUGGGCUCCGAGGCCAGCGCCACAUCGGGCAGCUCAGCUCCUGGGGAAAGCCGGAGCCGGCUGCGCUGGGGCCUCUCUCGGCUGCGGAAAGACAAGGGCUCAUCACAGCCAAACCUCUCUGCCAGCGUUCAGGAGGAUUUGGGUCAGCAGUAUGUGCCCAGUGAAUCAGACUUCCCCCCAGUCUUCCACAUCAAACUCAAGGACCAGGUGCUGCUGGAGGGAGAGGCAGCUACCCUGCUCUGCCUGCCGGCAGCCUGCCCUGCACCCCGCAUCUCCUGGAUGAAAGACAAGCAGUCCCUGCGGUCAGAGCCCUCAGUGGUCAUCGUGUCCUGCAAAGAUGGACGGCAGCUGCUGAGCAUCCCCCGGGCGAGCAAGCGGCACGCGGGGCUCUAUGAGUGCUCAGCCACCAAUGUCCUGGGCAGUGUCACCAGCUCCUGUACCGUGGCUGUGGCCCGUGUCCCAGGGAAGCUAGCCCCUCCCGAGGUGCCCCAGACCUACCAAGACACAGCGCUGGUGCUCUGGAAGCCAGGAGACAGCCGGGCGCCCUGCACGUACACGCUGGAGCGGCGGCACUGGGAGCUUGGGCCACCCCUCUGUGACCUCAGCCCUUCCCCGAUGGUGCCCGCAGGGGAGUCUACCUGGCACCCAGUGGGCUCAGGCAUCCUCGACUGUUACUACAAUGUGACCCACCUACCAAUCGGCGUGACUGUGAGGUUCCGUGUGGCCUGUGCCAACCGUGCGGGACAAGGGCCUUUCAGCAACCCUUCUGAGAAGGUCCUCGUCAGGGGCACGCAAGAUUCCUCAGCUCUGCUACCUGCUGCUCACCGAGACACCCUUGUUACCUCAGGGCCAGCCAGGGCCCCGCCUCCGGACUCUCCUACCUCACUGGCCCCAUCCCCGACCACUGCUGCAGCUCCUGGUCCCCCAGGCCCCCAGUCAGCUGCUCUCAGCCCUUCAUCUCCCCCAACACCCCCCAGCCAGGCCUUGUCCUCACUCAAGGCUGUGGGUCCACCCCCCCAAACCCCCCCACGAAAGCACAGAGGCCUGCAGGCCGCCCGGCAAGCAGAGCCCUCCCCACCCAGUGCCCAGGUCACCCCAAGUGAGCCCAAGUCUUCCGUCCCUAACACUGGGACCCCGACCCCAGCCUCCACUCCUCAAGGGGUUAAACCAGCGUCUUCCUCUACUCCCCUGUAUAUGGUGACGUCCUUUGUGUCUGCACCACCAGCCCCCGAACCCCCAGCCCCCGAACCCCCUCCUGAGUCCAGCAAAGUAACUGUUCAGACCCUCAGUUCAGCCAAGGAGAUGACCAGCUCCCCUGGCGGCGGUCCCCGCAGCUCUCCGGGGCCGGAGGGCACCGCUCUUCGACAGGGCCCCCCUCAGAAACCCUACACCUUCCUGGAGGAGAAGGCCAGGGGGCGCUUUGGUGUAGUGCGUGCAUGCCGGGAGAAUGCCACUGGGCGGACGUUUGUGGCCAAGAUCGUGCCCUAUGCAGCUGAGGGCAAGCGGCGAGUCCUGCAGGAGUAUGAAGUGUUGCGAACGCUGCACCACGAGCGGCUCAUGUCCCUGCAUGAGGCCUACAUCACCCCACGUUACCUCGUGCUCAUCGCUGAGAGCUGUGGCAACCGGGAGCUCCUCUGUGGGCUCAGUGACAGGUUCCGAUAUUCAGAGGACGAUGUGGCCACCUACGUGGUGCAGCUGCUACAAGGCCUGGACUACCUCCACGGCCGGCACGUGCUGCACCUGGACAUCAAGCCAGACAACCUGCUGCUGGCCUCUGACAACGCCCUCAAGAUCGUGGACUUCGGCAGCGCCCAGCCCUACAACCCCCAGGCCCUGCGGCCCCUUGGCCACCGCACGGGCACACUGGAGUUCAUGGCUCCUGAGAUGGUGAAGGGAGACCCCAUCGGCUCCGCCACAGACAUCUGGGGUGCGGGUGUGCUCACUUACAUCAUGCUCAGUGGACACUCUCCGUUCUAUGAGCCAGACCCCCAGGAAACGGAGGCUCGUAUUGUGGGGGGCCGCUUUGAUGCCUUCCAGUUGUACCCCAACACCUCCCAGAGCGCCACCCUCUUCUUGCGAAAGGUCCUCUCAGUACACCCCUGGAGCCGGCCCUCCCUGCAGGACUGCCUGGCCCACCCGUGGCUGCAGGACGCUUACCUGAUGAAGCUGCGCCGCCAGACGCUCACCUUCACCACCAACCGGCUCAAGGAGUUCCUGGGUGAGCAGCGGCGUCGCAGGGCCGAGGCCGCCACCCGUCACAAGGUGCUGCUCCGCUCCUACCCAGGCAGCUCCUAG